UUAAGAAAACCAAGCUGACAGCCGUUCCGGUCCACGAGGCGGCGGUAAUGCAGCGGAAGCCGUUUGCAAACCACCAAACACCGAAGAAGAAACUGCCGCUUGAGCAUGCGCACUGCAAAUCUACGUCGGCAUGAUCAUAACGUCGUGAAGUAGAUAAUCAGGCAGGAUCUACGUUGGGAACCUUUUUAUUGUGGGUGAGGUGAACAGGUGUGGGUGUCUGUGUGAUUGAGCCCAUCACCACCACGCAAACAUGGAUUUCCAGCAUCGAGCUGGAGGGAAGACCGGGAGCGGCGGGGUGGCCUCUGCCUCUGAGAGUAACCGCGAUCGGCGAGAGCGGUUACGUCAGCUGGCCCUGGAGACCAUCGACAUCAACAAGGACCCCUAUUUUAUGAAGAAUCAUUUGGGAUCCUAUGAGUGUAAACUUUGUCUGACGCUUCAUAACAACGAGGGCAGCUACUUGGCUCACACACAAGGAAAGAAGCAUCAGACCAACUUAGCACGGAGAGCAGCCAAGGAGGCCAAAGAAGCUCCUGCUCAGCCAGCUCCAGCCAAAGUUAAAGUUGAAGUCAAGAAGUUUGUCAAAAUUGGUCGACCAGGAUACAAAGUAACCAAACAGAGGGACCCAGAGACCGGACAGCAGUCCUUACUUUUCCAGAUUGACUACCCAGAAAUCGCUGAGGGAAUCGGACCCAGGCAUCGUUUCAUGUCUGCGUAUGAACAGCGCAUCGAGCCGCCCGAUCGUCGCUGGCAGUAUCUGCUUCUGGCUGCAGAACCUUAUGAGACUAUUGCUUUUAAGGUCCCGAGUAGAGAAAUUGAUAAAGCAGAAAAUCGCUUCUGGACCCACUGGAACAGAGAAACUAAACAGUUCUUCCUUCAGUUCCACUUCAAAAUGGAGAAAGCUGCUCCUCAGUCCAGCGGUCCGCCACCUGCUGCAGGUGUGAAGCGCCCCCCUCCUCUCAUGAGCGGAGUCGGACCUCGCCCACCAAAUGAUUCUCUUCCCCCUCCCCCUCCAGGAGGGAUGUCAGUCCCCCCUCUACCACCUGGUGCCCCAGGUGCCCCCCACAUGCCCCCUCAGAUGCCCAUGCCCCCCAUGCCAAUGAGGCCACCUCCACCUGAGGGCAUCUCAUUAUCUAAUAAUUGAUCCUCUACCAGCGUUUCAUGAUCACCUCCUUCGGUGGUGUGCUGUCACUCUGCCGGUCUACAGUGUCUCCCUUCAGAUACAUUCAGGUUUUUUUUUUGUUAUUUCUACAAAUGAUGUCCACAUUUAGUAGACUUUUAUACAUUUGUUUGGUUUAUGCAAAUGUAUACGGCUGCCCGUUUGAUCACACUGUUUUGUAUAAAUACUUACAUCCUGGACAUGGAGCUAUGAUUGAACAUAGCUCAUCUUUUAAGAUGUUUUUGUAAUUAAAUUCUGUGGAGAAAAACAU